CGCGGGAGGGCUCCCGGGACGGGCGAGGCCCCGGAGGCACCGGGCGGGGCCGUGUGGCUGAGGGGGGGGCUCCGCCCCCUGCCGCCCGCCACCGGGCUGUGCCCCGCGGGGAGUGCGGCCGGUGCUGGGCCCGGUGCCGGUCCCGGUGCCGCUACGCGCCCGGUGCUACCGGCGGCGGGGGAGGGGCUGGGGACGGCCCCGCCGGUCGCCUCCGUGCCCCCCCCCCUCGUGUCCCGGGCGUCCCGGGGCUCCCGGUGCUGCGGGCAGGCCGAGGCCGGGAGUCACCGGCACGGGCAGCGCUGCCGGGACCCGCGGGGGGUUCGCUCCGGGCCCCAAACCGGCGACCCCGGGCCCCGAGGCCCCCCCGUGUCCCGUGGCGUGCCCCCGGCCCGGCUCAGCCCCGGGGCUCUGGGGGGGGGCUCAGGGGGCGGGUCCGGUGCGGGCCCGGUGGACGCUUCCCCCCGCGGCCUUCGUGACCCGGCGCCUUCCCGUUUUGGGUUCAAACCGCUCGGUUCCGUGUGCGGGAGAUCACCCGGUGAACCCCGGCUCCCCCCGUGGCUCGCGAGGCGCCGCCGUUCCCCCGGGGCUGGGACCGGGGCGGCCGCGGCCGUGCCCCCCUCACAGCAUUUUGGGGGCCCACGGGCACGGCGGGGGAACCGGGAGGCUCCCCGGAGGUCCCCCCCGUGCCGCAGCCUCCCCGCCAGGCCCGGUGCUCCCGGUGCCGGCUUUGGGGCCGCUUCUCGCCCCCGCUGCCCGAGCCCCGUUCCUGCCCCGCGGGGCACGCAGGGGCCCCGGGAGGCGGUGCCGUUACCGGCAGCCCCGCGGGGGUGGCUGCGCCCUGCUUAUCUCGCGGCCUCGGCCCUAGAUAAGGGCGCGAUGGCUUCGAGGAAGUCAAUCCGGGAAGCGCUGCCCUGCUCCGCCCCACCGGGGGCUCUCGGGGCCGUUCCUGCUCCCCCCCCACCCCCGGCUCCCCGGGGCUCCUUUUUCUGCUCCUUCCUAACCCCGGCUCCCGUUCCGCUCCCUCCCGGGGCUGCAGCCCUGGGGGGCUUCGUGUGCCAGCCCUGGGGGUGAUGUGGGCAGGAUUGGGGCGCUGCUCUGCACGGGGGGGGGCCUGUCCUUGUGGCCCUCUUGGUGCUUUUUUGGGGACCCGGCAGCUUCAGGGCCUUGGGGAUCAGCUCCGGCGCUCAUCUCACGGCACAGAGUCACCGAAACCGAGGCUCUUCUGGUUUGGGAUCUGCCCCGUGCGGCUCCCAACUCCUUUUCCUGGUGGACGAGGCCUGAACAGAGCCGGGUCCGUGCCCAGCUCGGCCUCGCGCCCCGGAGCAUCCCGGUGGUGCCGUUAUCCCGGGACGGGGCCGUGAGGACUGAGGACGCCUCGCGGGUCCCUGCCCCCCGCCUGGGCAGCGUUGCAGCCCCGUCCGCCUGCGGCCAGCGAGGAGCCGGCCCCCUGACCCCCGCGGGUCCCUUCCAGCCGGGGACGUGGUGACUCGAAGGAGCCGGGGCCACCUCCCCGCGGCCCAGGGCCGGGCUGGCUAACUCGCUGUUUGUCCCCGAACCGCAGGUGGGACGGCCAGACGAGAGGGGCUCUGCCUUUCCCUUCCCUGCCCUCCGCCGCCGAUGGAGUACGUGGAUAUGAACAAGCUGAGCUGCGGGAAGAAGACGCGGGUGGAAGGCGGCCAGCUGGGCGGCGAUGAAUGGACGCGCCACGGCAGCUUUGUCAAUAAGCCCACGCGCGGCUGGCUGCACCCGGACGACAAGGUCAUGGGCCCGGGGGUCUCCUACCACGUCAGGUACAUGGGCUGCGUGGAAGUCCUGCAGUCCAUGAGGGCUUUGGAUUUCAACACCAGGACCCAGGUCACCAGGGAGGCGAUCGGCCUGGUGUGCGAGGCUGUGCCCGGUGCCAAGGGAGCCGUGCGGAGGAGGAAGCCCUGCGGCCGCUCCCUGAACUCCAUCCUGGGGAAAAGCAACCUGAAGUUCGCCGGCAUGCCCAUCACCCUGACCAUCUCCACCAGCAGCCUCAACCUCAUGGCCUCCGACUGCAAGCAGAUCAUUGCCCCCUGUGCCUUGCAGAUCAUUGCCAACCACCACAUGCAGUCCAUCUCCUUCGCUUCGGGGGGAGACCCGGACACUGCUGAGUACGUUGCCUACGUUGCCAAAGAUCCCGUCAACCAGAGAGCCUGCCAUAUCCUGGAGUGCCCGGAGGGCUUGGCGCAGGACGUGAUCAGCACCAUCGGGCAGGCCUUCGAGCUGCGCUUCAAGCAGUACCUGAAGAACCCCCCGAAGCUGGUGACGCCCCACGACAGGAUGGCGGGGUUCGACGGCUCUGCCUGGGAUGAGGAGGAGGAGGAACCAGCCCCAGACCACCAGUACUACAACGACUUCCCCGGCAAGGAGCCUCCCAUCGGGGGGGUCGUGGACAUGCGGCUGCGCGAGGGGGCUGCGCAGACCCCCAACCACCUGGGGGCCACGCUGCCCGUCGGCCAGACCUCUGGUGGGGAGUACGACCCGCGGAAGCAGCACGCUCCUGCCCAGGCAGGGAGAGAGAAAUACCCGGCUGCAGCAGGCGCGGCCGGCCGCACCGACCUGUUCGAUGACCCGUCCUACGUCAACGUGCAGAACGUGGACAAGGCGCGCCAGGCGUCCGCUGCCGGAGCCCCCACAACGGCCAACGGCAGCGCCCAGCGGGACCUUUUCGACAUGAAGCCCUUUGAGGACGCCCUGCGCGUGCCCCCCGCCGUGCCCGUGAGCCUGCCGCCGGCACAGGUGGUGGCCUCCAUGGAGGAGCAGCUGCGCCGGGAGCCCUGGUACCACGGGAAGAUGAACCGCAAGGAGGCCGAGAAGCUGCUGAAGGUGAACGGAGACUUCCUGGUGCGGGAGAGCACCACCACCCCCGGCCAGUACGUGCUGACCGGCCUGCAGGGCGGGCAGCCCAAGCACCUGCUGCUCGUCGAUCCCGAAGGAGUGGUGCGGACAAAAGACCACCGCUUCGAGAGUGUCAGCCACCUCAUCAGCUACCACAUGGACAAUCACCUGCCCAUCAUCUCGGCUGGCAGCGAGAUGUGCCUGCAGCAGCCUGUGGAAAGGAGACUGUGAGCGCCCGGGGACCCCGGUGCGCGGCCCCCACCCCCCCCGGCCCCGCUCCCUGCCCCAGGGGGGGAGCGCUUGGACUCACAGCCGGGUGCCCUGCCCAGGACCGGGCUCGGACUGCCUGGGGACGGCCCCAUCCCCGGUCCCCGUCCGCCACGAGGAGCUGGUGGCCACGGGGAUGGCGCGGCGGGAGCUGCCUGCAGGGCGGGGGGCUGUCGUUGCCAAAGCCCCUGCCUCCCCCCAGCUCCAGCCUUUGCACAGCAGCUCAGCUCGAACCAAAGCCUGGCCCCGGGCGGUGUCGCCGCAGCGUGGUGUGGCCGUGACCCCUUUUGUGCUCACCCAGGGGGGGCACGGGCCCUCGGCCCCUCGGCCCGCCAGCCCCAAGGGGGGGGGGGGGGUCCAGCCGGGGGCUCCCCAAGCACAAGGCCGGGCGGCCGCGCACCGAAUGUACCCGAUCACUUUACGUGUUAACUGUGCCUUGACCCCGCAGGUCCCACACACUUAUGCAAUGCAGCCGGGCGGGGGGGCGACGGCCCCGAGCCCCCUCCGGGCCCCCACCGAGCCCCUUCCCCGGGCACCCUCCCCAGAGAGAGAGGGGUUUUUUGGGGUGGGGGGGGGGAGAGUGGCCGGGCCCCGCCGCAUGCACCUCGUUCCCUGAAGCCAAAGCGCAGCCCUGCCCCGGCCCCGCUAUAACCAAAGGACGCGGCGGGCGGAAUUAAAGUUGGUAUUUCUCUA